AUGAGUUCGACCACAUGCCUUUCUGAUGGAGCUACAGGAGCAAGCUCGACGUUGUCUUCCAUCUUCUCAGAUCCCGAGGGCGAAUCCAACACGCAGGCUGCAAGAGGACAACUCGCGUUGCUGCUCCAGUUCUACAAGACAACCAUCAUCAUUGAACAUAAAAUAUUCCAAUCUCCAACAUCCGACCAGGGCAGACAUGUCGCGUCGGACAAGAAAGAGGAGUCCAAGGAGAAGGGUAAUGAAGAAUGCAAAAAAGAGUAUAGUAGAGAGUGCAAGGAUGAAACGUCGAAUCAGUGCAAGGAGGAGUGUGAGGAAAAGAAAAGCAGUUCUAACAAAGACCAAGGCAAGGGCAAGGCACGCUCACAGCCCGUCAGAGAUAAAGAGCAUGCUGCCCGAAGGGCUGCACAACUAAGGAGACAAUGGGCAUUUUGCAAAGGCGAUCAAUUUCCCUGGAUCUUUUGGCAGCUGGUUUGUGCGGAGAGUAACUGGAAAGGAUGGUGGGUAUUGCAGGUUAAAGAUAUGAAAGCCUUGAAUUGGGAGGUAGAUGUAAUACCUGCGGAACUCGAGGAGGGGGAAUGGUUUGGUGUUAAAGAUCUUUGUGAAGUGCAGAUUCGUGUUCUCACCUAUGACACCACUGAGGACGCGCAGAAUGGCCCAGGGAGAACGCGCUGGUGA